UAAGGACUCUGCUCGGGCGUGCGAUGCGCGAUCGCUCUCGCUUAUCGCGACGAUAAGAUAACCGAUCUUGCGGCGCGAGGGCGAGAAUUGGCGAGGCCGCGAGCACAGAUAUAACGUGGCACCUCCGAGAAGAGGCGGCGGGGACUCUCGUUAUUUUCCACCGUGACAGAUGCGUCGGUAGUGCGACGCGAGGGGCGUUCGAGCAACAUUUCUCAAGAUGGUGAAGCGGAACGGACUCUGGAAGCUGACGCAGCUGCGGGCGUUGAUGAACAACGUCCAAGCCGGCGGCGUCCGAGAGAAGGGCAUCCAGGCUCUGAUUGUCAACGGCGAGGACGCGCACCAGUCGGAGUACUCCACCGAGCGUGACCAGAGGCGGCGCUUCGUCAGCGGGUUCCGCGGCUCCUACGGCACGGUGGUCGUCAUGCACGACGCGGCCUUGCUGUGGACCGACGGCAGGUACUACCAGCAGGCCAUGUCGGAGUUGGACCCGCCGGAGGCGUGGACCCUGAUGAGAGAGGGCCUAUUGGAUACGCCCACCAUUGCCGUCUGGCUGGCCUCGAAUCUACCCCCGAAGUCCGUAGUCGGGGCGGACGCCAAUCUGAUCAGUUACACAGAAUGGGCUCGGCUGCACACCGGCCUGACCGCCGCCGGCCACUGCCUGAUUCCGCUCCCCGAGAAUCUGGUGGACAAGAUGUGGGGCGACGAGCAGUCGGCGCCGACGGCCAACAUAGUUUUGCCGCAGCCGCUGCGAUACUCGGGCCGGAGCGCCGGGGACAAGGUGAGACUGUGCCGCGACGCCAUGGAGGAGAACGACGCGACGGUGCUCGUGGUGACUGCCCUGGACGAGAUCGCGUACCUGCUCAACUGGCGGGGCUCCGACAUACCGUUCAAUCCCGUCUUCUUCGCGUACGUUGUCGUCACCUUGGAGGACGUACACGUUUUCAUGAACACAGGUAGACUUGGCCAGGAGGCGCUGCAGCAACUGAAGGACGAGGGUGUCGAUCCGGUUUUCCACGCCUACGAGGACAUACACGUUUAUAUGAAGGAGCUCGUGGGCUCCUGCUCGGACCAGGAUAAAAUCUGGAUUAGCAACAAGUCCAGCUACGCGCUGCACACGGAUUGCGGGGACGUUAAGAAGCAUACGGAUAUCACGCCUAUCAGUGUGAUGAAGUCGAUAAAGAAUCUUUUCGAGAUCGGGGGCAUGAGAGCGUCGCACGUGAGAGAUUCCGCCGCUCUUGUAAAGUAUUUCGCCUGGCUGGAAGAUAAGAUAAAGAACACGAACGAGUGCAUUACGGAAAUCUCCGGCGCGACGCGAUUGGAGAAGUUUAGACAGGAGCAAGAUCACUUUGUCGGCUUGAGUUUUACAACUAUAUCGUCUGUCGGUCCCCACGGAGCGGUUAUUCAUUACUCGCCUACGGCGGAGACCGAUGUGCCUAUUACGGACAAGGAACUUUAUCUCUGUGAUUCCGGUGCGCAGUACCAGGACGGCACGACGGACGUAACGAGAACGUUACAUUUCGGCGAACCCACGAGUUUCGAGCGCGAAUGCUUCACCAGAGUUUUUAAGGGACAGUGCCGACUGUCGACAAUGAUAUUCCCCCUGAAAACGAAAGGAAACUACCUCGAUACGCUGGCGCGCGAAAGCUUGUGGAGCGUCGGCCUCGAUUAUCUUCACGGCACCGGCCACGGAGUAGGAUCCUAUCUCAAUGUCCACGAGGAGCCGAUCGGUAUCUCGUGGAAGCCGCAUCCGGAUGACCCGGGUUUACAACCGGGCAUGUUCUUAUCAAACGAGCCGGGAUAUUACGAGGACGGCAAGUUUGGCAUUAGGCUGGAGAACAUCGAGCUGGUUGUUCCGGUGAGGACACCCUACAAUCACAGAAACCGAGGCUUCCUGACUUUCGAAACCAUGACGCUUGUACCUAUUCAAACGAGUCUGCUCGACGUGUCGAUGCUUACGGACAAGGAGAUCGAGUAUUUGAACAAUUAUCAUGUGAAAUGUUUGGAGACCCUGAAACCUUUGCUGCAAGGACCGGAGAACAUUCAGGCGCUUAAGUGGCUCGAGAAACAGACCCUUCCCAUUUCUCGCUAAGGAUUUACCUUUCGACUUAACGCGACGAGCUGUAAAAACAUUCUACAGAUUAUGUAACAUAACGAGAUUACCUGAACUAAACUACAGCGAGGCAGCAGAUAUUCAGAUUGGAUGUGUAAAGCUCACUUCAUGUACGCGGAUGGCUGUGCAGUAUUAUAACCCAUCGAUGUACACGCGAUCUCUCUCAAGAUAUGCGUGAUUGAGUAAACAACGAACAGCACGUGCGAAAGUAAUCUUAUUUAAGACUCUUCGAUGUGCCGUUUUAUAAGCGAAUCGAAAGUGAAUCAAAUCCUGGCAAUCAUUCCGUUUGCAUUUGCUGUAAUAUAAAUGUCUUAACAAAGAAGAUAUUUGCAUAUAUUCUGUUCGUUUUUUUGUUCAUUCUACGUACGUCUAUCAUCGAGAGAGAGAGAGAGAGAGAGAGAGAGAGAAAAAG